AUGGCGACGAACGGCAACUCCGGUCGAGGAUCGGGUAGCCUAGUUGAUGCAUCAGGCUACAAAUUCACCGAUAAGGAUACCAAGCCGGGGAAGAUGAAGGUGAAGAAGACGUCCAAGGUCUCGGCGAAGAAGAAGGCAGAUGAUGCUAAGGACGGUCCCCUCGAUACUUCGCCUAAUUCCUCACCUCUGCCCAGGUUAGAUGACAAGAUCGCGGCCUCGUUUCCUACCGGAAAACCGCACCAGGAGGAUCUGCUGGAGACUGUCAUCUGCAAGCAUUGCAAGCGACCUGUGCUGAAAUCCAGCGCGUCGGAACAUAUCCGUGGCUGUUUGAAGGCGAAACAAGAGAAGGCGCGCAAGAAGAAGGAGGCACGCGACGCAGCCAACCGAGCGAAAGCUGGCGACGACGACGACUUCCGUGAAAAAGUGGAUAUUGGUGAUGAGGUGAUGACCGGGCAGAAGAGCGCUAAGAAGAGCGCCGUCAAGGCUACCGAGGAUAACAGGAAGGGAAAGAAGCGCAAGGCUGAUGAGGACGACAAGGAGCCGAAGAAAAAGAAGAAGAAGGAUGAGCCAAAGGCCAAGAAUGCGAAGGCUAAGGGUCCUGUUGAUGUUGAGAAGCAGUGCGGUGUUACAUUGCCCAAUGGUGCUCAAUGUGCUCGCUCUUUGACUUGCAAGAGCCAUUCUAUGGGUGCCAAGCGCGCGGUGCCUGGCCGUUCUUUGCCAUAUGACAUGCUGCUCCAACAGUACCAGAAGAAGAAUCAGGCUCGUCAGCAGAAGGCUGCCAUCGAUGCCAAUGCGCCUUUGCAAGAGGACAUUGAAACCAACGGUCCAGUCGACUCUGAUGAAGAGCGCGACUCGGUGAUGGCUGCCAUCGCACGCUCCAGGCCACAGCCUCUAGCCAAACAUACCUUGAUCAGCUCCAAGACCAAGUAUCGAUAUGUGCGUAUCAAGGAACAGAUGCUCCACGCCAUUGGCGGACGCGGAGGUGGCGGGCUCUUUUCCACAGACGAUAGCCAACCCUUAUUUGGAGGAAGUAUUUUCUCACCCUUCGAUCCCAACGUGGAUGCGUCCUCAUCGCCAAUGCUGCCGGGUGCAGAAUCAAUGGAUAUCGAUGGGUCCAGGAACACCCCAGUGCAGGGGACGCGCAAAACUCCCGUGGCGAUGGCUUCUUGA